UAUGUUGAUGCAAUGUUGGGCAAUAUCUUGAUUCUUUCCUUCUGUCAUGCUUAACUUUUUCUAGUGAACCCCAUCAAUCCUUUACCUUUUUAUAACCCUUUUUAUCUUUCUUAUUUUUCUCCUUCCUUGUCUCUCUCUCUCACUUCUACAGAAUUGUCAUUUUUCUGCAAUCAAAGAGCCACCCAACUCAGAAUAAGAGAGAGUAAGAGAGGAAAGAAAAGGGUGCAUGGUUCCAGUGAUCUGGGAAGAUGGGCAACUACAGGUUUAGAUUGUCAGAUAUGAUACCCAAUGCCUGGUUUUACAAGCUGAAAGACAUGAGCAAAGGCAGAAAUCAAUGCACUUCUAACUCUUUUAAGAAAAAAUCAUCCUUAGCAGCAUCACAAACACCCAGCAUUGCUCAGCCAAGAUACACUUACUACUUCACUACAAGACCCAGUAGAGCAGAUAAGUUUUACACAUCACCCAUAAACCAAAAAUCCUCGGAUACUCGUUUUCCUGAUUCUCCAAGAAAAUCAUCCAGGAAAAGAAGCAAAAGAAAAACAAUUUACAAGCCUUCUUCUAAACUUGUCUCGUCCUCUUCCUCCCCAUACUUUCCUGAUGCUUGUAGCUGUCAAACUACACCGAACACAGCCUGGACCAAGUCCAUUGAUGAUCAAGCUCAUCAUUCACCAGACUAUUCUAGCUCCCCUUUUAAGAGCAGCUCAAGUGAGCCUGACUUCCUUGAAUCUCUUGUAUAUGAAUCUGUGGAAGAAGAAGAAGAAGAAGAAGAAGAUAAUGCUGAUGAUGGCUUAUUUCCUAAUUGCUCAUUUGAUCAACAACUUGCUUCCUGUUCUAGCUCUUGUAACUGUAAAGUCUGUUCUUCAACUACUGAUAUUAUCAUUGAUGUAAAUGGCGAAUCUGUCAAAAGUAAUAACAAGAAGAUUGAUGGAUUCGACGCAGUUUCUGAAGUAGAGCUUCCUCCUAUACUGACCAAGCCGACAAACAUUGAUGAGAUGACUCGCACUAAGUUUAGAAGAAGAUCAUCUAAAUUGGAGGAGCUAAACUCCCGAAGUUCUCUGUCCCUCAAGAUUGUCAAGGAAGAAAGGAGAGUCAGGACCCAUAAAGAACAAAAGAAGAUUAAUUCUGUCACACAGAGAUCUUCAACGUCAUCAAAUUCUGUGGGGAUCAGACUUCGAACGAACUCUCCAAGGAUUGCAAGCAGAAAGAUUCAGGCUUCCUGUGCACGGAAAAGCAUGUCAAGAAACAAGACUCUAUCAGAGAGUUUUGCAGUGGUUAAGUCCUCGACUGAUCCACAGAAAGACUUCAAGGACUCAAUGGUGGAGAUGAUAAUAGAGAACAAUAUUCGAGCUUCAAGGGAUUUGGAAGAUCUUCUUGCUUGUUAUCUUUCACUCAAUUCGAAAGAAUACCAUGAUCUCAUUGUCAAGGCAUUUGAACAAAUCUGGUUUGACAUGACUGACGUUCGCCUGUAAAAAUAUUCUUAUAUAAUUGGUUUUUUCAAUGUAUUUUCUUCUUUAUUUAAGGUCUAUUUUCUCUUUCCUUUUAGAUUAUAAACAGGAAAUAAUGUAUAGUUGCCAUUUUCAUUCAUAA